AUGGACCUUGAAUCGGUGAAGCGGUAUCUGGAAGGAGAAGGAAGCGAGAAUGAAAAGGAAUCGAAAGUAGGCAAGUUACCACCCAGAUUCCUGGAGCGAUUCAUAACGAAAGGUCUGAAAGUGGAUCUCAUCGAACCUGGUCGAAUCGUCUGCUCCAUGAAAGUCCCUCCUCAUCUCCUGAACGCAGGGAAUUUCUUGCACGGAGGAGCAACGGCGACUCUGGUGGAUUUGAUUGGAUCAGCUGCAAUUUACACAACCGGAGCUACUCAGUCGGGAGUUUCAGUGGAGAUCAAUGUUUCAUACCUUGAUGCUGCUUUCCUCGACGAAGAGAUAGAGAUCGAAUCAAAGGCAUUGCGUGUGGGUAAAGCUGUAGCAGUUGUGAGUGUUGAGCUGAGGAAGAAGAAGACUGGUAAGAUGAUUGCUCAAGGCCGCCAUACUAAGUACCUUGCUCCCCGUCCCAAGCUCUGA